AUGCUGGCGCCCAUGCUCCACGCCAAGUGCCGCCGCGCGGCGCCCCGCGCGGCCGCUGCCGCCCUGCGCGGCAGUAGCUCGAUGGUACACGAACUGGGCCAGCGCUUGAAGAAGCUCUACGAAGCAAAGCCGGUGGAACCACAGGACGUGAAGGGGAUUCAGAAGGAUCAGGUGCCAGCGGCAGACUGGGAGGCGCCCAUACGAGAGUUGAUCCGGAGACACUUCCAGAUGAUGCCGAUACCCAUGAGCCCCACGAGCAGCUUCUAUAUCUUAAAGAAGGAGGUGGAGGCCAUCACGGGCAGCCCUGCUUCUGGGGGCCCUAGCCUGCAGGGACGCCCAAGCCGCGAGAUGAUCAAGGAGAAGAGCUUUUUCCAGUCAGGAGCUCAAGCGGGUGGAACGAAGCGCUUUAGAGGCGCAUGA